AUGGCAACCUCAGGCUCAGUCUCCAUCACCCAUGUGCCCGCAGAUUGCGGCUCCGUUUACCCAGGAAAAUCAAAGGCACCCAAGGCAUUCCGAGAUGUUGGCAUCGUAGAAAAGCUACGAGAAGCUGGCGUUCCAUCCAUCUCAGAGCACCAUGCCCUGGACUCACCCGCGUCUUACAAAAUAUCGACCUUCUCCCCGGGCCGUGCCCGCAACGGAGACGCCAGCAUAGAAGUGUGCCGGAGCGUCUAUCACACCCUCGCACAGAACCUCGGCGCCUCCCCGUCUACUCAACCCCCCUUCCAGCUCAUCCUCGGCGGAGAAUGCGGCAUGUCCCCGGCCAUCAUGUCCGCCUUCUGGCAUCACGCGGGCUCACAAUCUCCGCCCUUGCGCGUCGGCCUCAUCUACAUCGACGCAGACACGGACUUUGCCUCGCCAACGGACCCCAACUCCACCGGUAUCUUCGCAGGGAUGAACAUGACGCACCUGGUCCGAGGGCCUGGCGCGCUGCAGAGCAUGGAGCAGUUCUCCCGGUCAUCCGACGGCGGGCCCGUCUGCGACUCCUCCAACACGGUCCUGUUCGGGACCAACAUGUCCUUUGCGGGGAACAAGCCCGAGGACUUCGCGUACCUGUUCGACAACGGCUACAAGGUCGUCAGCUCGGCCUCGGUGGCACACGCACCGGAGGAGCGCGCGGGGGAGACGCUGAGGUACCUCGAGGAGAAGGUCGAUGUCAUCAUGGUGCAUCUCGAUGUGGACUCCGUCGAUCCACGCAUGUUCCCACUGGCGCAUUUGCCGAACUACACGGGGGUCGGAUUUGAGGAGAUGAUGCGAGCGUUGAGGGUCUUUGUCGGGAGUGACAUGGUUGGAGGUCUCACAAUUGCUGAGGUCAAUCCGGAUCAUGACCCUGGAUUAGGCAUGGUGGAAAGGCUGACGGACCAGGUUGUAGGGAUGUUGGCGGCGAGGAGUGGGAGGGCGGCGGGUGUCUGA